CAGCACACCAUCUCCACCACUUACCACCAUCCUCAGCAACCACCCAAACGGCUCCGAAGGCGGCAGCCAUGUCCAAUGACGGAACCCUUCCCCCGGAUAUCGUCAUCGACAUACUCUCUCGACUAUCCGUCAAAUCCCUUUGCCGAUUCAAGUCUGUUUCUCCCUCAUGGAAUUCCCUAAUCUCCGACCCCUAUUUCGCAAAAGCCCACCUCAAUCGAGCCAAGACCCAAAACCCCAAAAAUCUUGAUCAGAAAAUCAUUAUCAUUUCCACCCAUCACAAUCUCUAUUCGGUAGAUUUCGCGGACGUAAACCCGACGAUCAAAACACUGGCUGAUUUUUCUUCAGUCAGAAUUAGGGUUCUGAGUUCCUGCGAUGGUUUGCUUCUAGUUUCCCUAGUGGAUAAUUCCAACUUCUUGUGGAAUCCAUCCACUAGAGAGUAUAAGGUACUGGCCACAUGUCCUUCUGCACUCGGUCCAGUUCGUGGUGUCUUCCAUGAUGUUUAUGGCGUUGGUUACGAUUCUUCUACUGAUGAUUACAAGGUUUUGAAAAUUGUUUAUAAUGAAACUGAAACUGAUUCUCCUACCGAGCGUGGUAUUACCAUUGGGGCUAUUUAUUCACUGAAAACUAAUGCUUGGAGGAAAAUUCACGAUACUAUCGAUUAUGUCCCUCUUUGGACAACCUCUUGUGGGGUUUUCUUUAGUGGGUGUCUUCAUUUCCUUUGUUGGAAAAGGACUGGUUCCUUUGUGAUUGUUGCUUUCAAUUUGUCGGAUGAGAUUUUCAGGGAAGUGCUGCUGCCUGCUUCGUUUUGCGAAGUUGAGAUAUUGGAUUAUCGUGUGGCAGUUGUCGGGGGUUGUCUCUGUUUGGCUAAUCUGGGGAUGAGUUAUGUAAUUGAGACUACUGGUGGUGGUUGGAUGAUGAAGGAGUAUGGGGUAAGAGAGUCUUGGACCAAAUUUCCGAUUGAUGUGCCUAAGAGGUAUGUAGUGGAAUUGUUGUGUUUGCUAAGGGAAGAUGAAUAUUUGUUGAAAACAAGGGAAAAGAUACAUGAUAGAUCGUAUGGAGAUAAACUGGUUGUGUACAAUUUUAAAAAUGAAACAUUGAGCGACAUGGUGGUUCAUGGCUCUCCCACUGGAUUUACGUUUGGAAGCACCUAUGUCGAGAGCCUAGUCUCUGCUUAUCAUAGAGGAGAGAUUGGGAGGCAAUGAAUGAGAAGCUUCUUCAGGUAUUUUGUGAAAUAUUCUGAGGGAAUGCUCCCUGGUUCGGUGUGUCGGCAUGGGAGCAAGCCAACCAUUCUUGAUGAAAUAUUGAACUGAUUGUCCAACCUUUUCUGCUGAAAUCUGGAUUGGUUUCUACCCUGUAAACAAGUCUUCUCUGACAAAAUCGGAGUCAUAGUUCCCAGUCCCAGAAAAGAGGUAACCCACAGCUUCCAGUUCAAAUUUGCACUGCUGACUAGAUCAGGCUCAAUCAAGACAUAGGCGACUUGCACCAUAAUGAGCAGACCCCGGCGCACUGAUUGUGAUGCAUGCUGAAAAAGUUUUCCUCCAGCUCCCGAGCAUUGAAAUGGUUGAAGAACUCAAACUGACAGAGAAUGAAACUGCAGAAGAUCACAGGAUGGGCUAUCCCUAUCCCCGUGUGGGAUUCCUUUGUCUCUCUUUCACAUCUCUUCCACACAGUUGCAAUAAACAUGACACGUUCAUAUGUAAAACCUCUCAUACCUGCAAUUCACAGCCCCAUUAAACUGGAGUGUAAUCUUGCAUGUGGGUGGACCAUGCAUGUGUGUGUUUGUUGAGUGACAUAGAGGAGGUUAGAGUGAAGAGAGGGAGAUAGAGUAGGGACGUGUAUGUUGAGAGAGAGUUUUGUGUUGUGAUCAAUAAAACGUAGUCUGUGUUUUGAGUGUG